CAGUGUCAGCCUCCACCAUGAUGACUGCACGGUUCUUCUCAGGGGCUUCCCUCUUUGCUCUGCUGAUUGUGGACAUAUGCUGCCUUCCUGUCAAGAAAGGCUCUGGUCCCGGUGCUUCCUAUGGCGGCGGUUACUCAAACGCUGCUCCUAAUUAUGACUCCUACCGAGGAGCGUCCUCUGGCCAGUAUUCACCUGGAGCUGUUGGGCAUAGCUAUGCUCCCUCUGCAGGUGUCUCCACAUCUUAUGAAGCUGCUCCAGAGCCCAGUGUCCCUCAGCCUGCUGUUCAGAGAGGACCGGCAUCAUCUGCUGGCUCUAGUUCUUCUUCAGGACCUGCUUUCUCAGCAUACAGGGGCAAUCCAAUGAGGCUAAGCCCUGCUAGCUCUGGACAUCCAGGGGCUGCUUUUCAGCUUGGCCCACGAGACAUGAACUGGGCUGUUGCACCUCCCAGUCUCCUCUCUGGAGAUGAGGAAAUGUCCACUGGCGCACGUGCUGUUGCCUCUAGUCAACCUGAGAAUGUGAGUCCACCUGAAUCCAUGUACCAGGCAGGAGAGUUGUCCCAUUUUGAGGAAAGCUUUGAGCACGGUAAUUCUGAGAGGGAGACUGAGGAACAAGGCUGGAUGCCCCCUCCUCCUCCACCACCUUUUGCAGCAUCUGAAGAGUCUGCUGGAGCUGGCUUCAUCAGCCAGCCUCAACCAGACUCGGGCUUCAUCAGCCAGCCUCAGCCAGAGUCUAACAUGGGUAGAAGCUGGUUCCCUUAUCCUUACUACGACUACAUGUUCCUGACCGGCCAGUAUCCCCCGGGCACAGUCACUCACACCAGCAGCAGCUUCGAGCAGGGGAGAGACCACUGGCAAGACGCCCACUAUGAGAGAUACUACGAGCCCCAAAACCCUGCUCCUGCAGAACAGACCGAGACCUUCACUGACUUUGCAGCCCCCCUGACCAUUGAGAAGAGGCCUGUGAGGGCUGGUUACAGACAAGGUGGUGUACAGUCUGCUCCUUCCCAUGGAAGCUUCAGGCAGCCAGCUCACAGCCAAGCUGGUGGCAACAACAUGGUCAAGGGUGGAUACUAAGUGGCCGAUCCCUACAGUGAACAAGGCUUUCUGAAUUAAAGAAUAUCAAAUUUA